AUGGAAGAGAAGGAGGAAGAGGAGCAUGGAGCUCCGGGGCCGGCACUCGCCGCCCACCUCGAGGCCGGCAUCGCCGCCGACCCCGGCACUGCCGGCUGGACUGCCCCGGCACUGCCGCCAUGCCACCCGCUCGACGCCCGCGCCGGCACUGCCGCCCUGCCUCCACCGAAUCGACGAAUUUAUGUCCCAAUUUCCGCCCCCGUGUUCGUCUUGUUCGUCCUGAUCGUGCGUGACCGGCACUGCCGGUCCUUCUUCGGCGGCACUGCCGUGCUGGCCGGCACUGCCGGCGCCACUUCAGCGGCACUGCCGCUCGCCCAUCUUCCACCUUGCUCCACUCGCCGCCACCACAUCCAGAUCGCCAAGGCCGCCUGCCUGCCUCCGCUCCCCUGGCAAGGCUCCCACCACGCGCGCGCGACCCGCCCAAGACACCCGCCCAAGCCACCACCAGGCACCCCUGCAACCAGCACGCCCGGGCCGCUCCACUUCCUCUCCCGCCGGCCCAAGCCACCCGCCCGCCUGGCCCACUCGCCGCCACCACCGCUGCUCCACGGCGCAGACACGCCACCAGCUCCCGCUCGACCGAGGCCGCAGCCAGGCCCCCACUCCGCUCGACCGCCCAGGCCACCGCACGCCUGCCCGCCCGCUGUUUCUGCUCCCUGGCCGCGCAAACCGCCCAGGCCACCACCGCUGCUCGCCCGCACGCCCCUGCCCGCGCGAGCCAACGACCGCCUCAAUCAGCUGCUUCUCACGCCUUCACUUGCCUCGCUCGCGCUCCAUCUGGCCGCCGCAUCCAAUCAAUUUGUGCGCAGCACAGCCAAGGACAAUUGCCAAAGCCAUCAUCUAAUUUCGAUUCCAUCUCCGCGCAGAAAAAUCACCCCGGCAGUGCCGCAUAGCAAACCCCGGCAGUGCCGUCCGACCCACCCAGGCAGUGCCGGCCCGCACACCCCGGCAGUGCCGCCCUCUGCUGUUUCCGCACAGUUUGAUCCAAUUUUCGCCUAA